AUGCGAGUGUACUUGAAGGGCGAUGUUUGCGCUGGACAAUUCUCUGAUCUCCUCCUUAAAAUGGGGAAUGGAGAAUAUCCGGAAACUGAGGGCAAAAUUACAAUUUCACCAGAUCUUGCCUUAGUUGUGUCGACCGUUGACGACCUGAUAACCCGAAUAUAUUCAGAUGUCCACAACUUACACAGCAAAUCCACAGAGUGGCUGUACAAACGUGCGAUUCUCACACCUAAGAACGAUCAGGCUUCCGUUAUUAGUGACACUUUGUUGAAGUCGUUCGAAGGUGAAGAAUAUCAGUACAAAUCUGUGGACACUGUUGUGCAUACGGAUGAUGCUAUGCACUAUCCUAUGGAUUUCCUAAAUACACUCAACCCACCUGGUCUACGUUUCACACACUUAUCCUCAAAGUGGGAGUUCCAGUAA